AUGACGGACGAUCAUCACACCUACGGUGCCAAAUGCCGCUUGGCACCUGUUGCUCGAGUUGAACGCGAAGAUGAUGUCCCUCCAGUCCAGGCUCAGUUCUUCUACUCGUCCGUCAUCCCUAUUGAUGAUCCUCUCUCGACAUCCUCAACCGUCGGUGCCGAUACCAGGACAAGCAAGGGUCAGGUGCGGCCCUUUGCGCGAGGCGAUAACAAUGCGUUGGAGAAGGCCUGGUUGGGACUUAUGUCCGAGUCUGCUCAUCGCGCGCAUCAGGAUGCAUUAGAGACUCAGGGCCGUGCUGCUGAGUUUGACUCAGAUAGGCUGGCAUCGAUUAUACAAGCCAUUACCGCAAAACAUUGGGACAGGCAUCGUAAAGGCUAUCAGCCACAAGAUGUAGCAGCACCAACUGGCGAUUUUUUGCCCACAACGCCUGUGGCCGCUUGUUGUUCCGAGCUGGUUCUUGACGUUUCUGAUGAAUUAGAGCAAGGUUUCUGUGCACUCGUCCGGAGGCGCAGCGCAGCUUUGAGCGUCGAUGAAGUUGUACAGCAAGUCGUUCUUGCUCUCGAAAGACUGAAGAAACAAGCCAACGACGAAGUAGAGACUCAACCUUUGCCUGGAAGCCCGCCAUUCAGCCGCCCUGGGACCGCUUCUACCACUAAUACGAAUCACCCCCUAGCUCGAAUGCCAAAGACGACAACGGAUUCAAACAGUUCUAAACGUCGAUCAACUGUCAGUGACGCGAGAACCAGAACAAACAGUCUAUCGAUGUCUCAACCUGUUAGCCAGCCUCUUCGAUCACCAACACCUUUCGGAAGUCUGGGGGCGCUCGCGAGGCCGCCAGUUCUUGAUGAUGGAAUAUCUGGCAAGCCAUUUGUACGCGUAGGAAGUCCCGAGACACAAUCAGAACCAGGAUCCCUUCCUUUAUCUGGCAUUAGUGGCCCGGCACGCGAUGUCGCUCGAACGCAAGAACAGUCCCAGGCAACUGCUGGGCAACAAACUUCCACACAAACCGACGAUUCAAAAACGACCAAGGCUGUUGAGCCACUCGAUAUUGCUGAGGUUGCAGUAGGGUUAUCAAGAUUACACAUGGUUUCUUUACCAACGCUCCAGAUGAAACCAAUAUAUUGGUCCCCUAUCAAUGAUGUUGCAGUCGUAUCUCGAGCAACAUGGUUCUACAGAGACACGAUGUUACCAAUACCACCGGCUGUUGCGAAUCAACUUGAGGCGGGCUAUCACGAUCUACGACCCUGGACCGAGACCUGGAGUGAUGAACUUCGUUGUGCCAUCGAUGUCGGACCAGCAGGUGAAGAGAAGGUCUCGCAUCUGCUGUGGCCUAAGGAGUUGGAGGUUGGCUCUGGUGACGAUUUUCCAGAGCCACACAUACCAACAGAUCCGUUUUGCGCAGCUCGUUGUUUUCGUGGUGAAGCAGCUGCCGAAGGGACUAUUGAAACGUCCCCAGUAACAACAGUCGCCCCGGAAGAUCAAACUCAGCAGACACGGUCGUACUCAAACUAUCAUGUGGUAUAUAAAAAUGCCAGAGAAGCAUUCCUACUAAAGCCAAGCCUGAAGCCUUCGGCAUACUACGGUCGAAGACCUGUGAUGAAAAUUAUGAGGGGUGUCACCGUUGGAAUCCCUAUUAUUCGCGGGUUUGAUCGGGUAUCAUGGGAGCGUUUUCACCACAAGAAACAGACACCCAACAAGGCAGGGGCAUCUGCUGCCGAUGAGUCGCAUGAGAGCACUGGACAAGAUGUAUGCACAGCAUGCAAAGUGGACAAAGAAAAACACCAGGUUACGGACCUGGUCUUAGUCGCUCACGGCAUCGGUCAAAAGUUUGCCGAGAGAGUGGAGAGUUUUCACUUCACCCAUGCCAUCAAUGGUUUCCGCCGAGCCGUCAAUAUGGAGCUUCAAAGCCCCUUGGUGAAGCAGGUCCUACGCGAAGACCAAAAUGGGUUGAUGAUACUGCCGCUGAAUUGGAGAAUGGGCCUUUCCUUCGAAGAUGGAGGGCCGAUGAGAGAGGAAGACAAAGACGAAUACACGCCAGAAGGCUUUGGACUCAAGGACAUCGAGCCUGAUACAAUUCCCGCUGUUCGGAGCAUGAUAUCAGAUAUCAUGUUCGAUAUUCCAUUUUACAUGUCCCAUCACAAAGGCAAGAUGAUCAAAGCACUUGUGUCAGAAGCAAAUCGUGUAUAUCGACUAUGGUGUCGUAACAAUCCAGGGUUUGCCGAAAACGGGCGUGUUCACAUGAUCGGGCAUUCGCUCGGUAGCGCCAUGGCCCUCGAGGUUCUCUCGAAUCAGCCGACUGAAGUUCCCAAACUGGAUCUGACGCGCAAGGAGCCAGAGACAAAGUUUUUCGAGUUUGAUACGACCAAUCUUUUCCUGGCUGGCAGUCCCGCUGGAUUCUUCCUCCUCCUUGAGCGUGGAGUGCUUAUGCCUCGCUAUGGCCGUAUGAAGCCUGGAGCUGACUCAAGCGACAUCAUAUCGAGAGACGUGGUGGCAGAGGCUGGCACUUUCGGUUGUUUGGCUGUCGACAAUAUCUACAAUAUUCUUGCCAAGGAGGACCCCAUCGCAUAUCUCCUCAACGGUGCCGUCGAUCCCAUCUACGCAGCCAGUCUAAAAAGGGCAUAUGUCCCAACUAUUUCCAAUUCUCUUUGGAAAUCCGUCGGUGCCGCGAUGCGUGGAGUAGUGCCAGGUAUGGCCCCAGCGCCGAACCUACUGGUACCCGAACCGGAGCGUCCAACAACGGUACGACUUCCUUCUCAGUUGGAGCUUGAGGUGCAUGAUUUUGGCCGCGAAGAAAUCGCCGAAAGAAAGGCGUUCUUGCUGAACGACAACGGGCAAAUCGAUUGGUACCUUCGCUCAGGAGGAGGGCCGUUAGAGAUUCAGUAUCUAAAUAUGCUCAGCGCGCACUCUAGUUACUGGACUAACCAUGACUUUAUCCGAAUGCUUUGCAUUGAGAUUGGGAGGAAGCCUGGUCGAGCGCAUUCGAUACCUGCGUUGCGGGCAGUGAAGGCAGCGAAGCGACUAUUGGUAGACUGA